AUGAUCACGCUCGGUCCGGGUGCAAAAACAUGCACGCCUUGCCCGCCAGGCACCGCCGCAAAUUCUACGCUCAAUGUUUGCGCGUUGUGUCCGAUCGGUUACUUUUCGGCGGACGGUGGAAAAACCUCUGUGGACGGAAGGUGCACCGCGUGCCCUGUGGAUACGGUCUCAAUUCCCGAUCGGACCGAGUGUCGGAAGUGCGGCCCUGGAAGCAUGGCCAUUGACGAGCAGUGCAUGCGCUGUCCAGCCGGUUACGUUUCUACGGGCGGUGCGGAUUGCACGGAAUGUCCCGCGGGAGAGCAACCCGAUCCCAAGGGCGAGAAGUGCAUGCCAUGUCAAAUGGGAUUUUUCAAGGGCGAUGGCGACAAAGAAUGUCGACCUUGCCAGGGUCUAACUAUCAGUCUACAAUAUGGCGCAAAAACGUGUGACACCUGCCCCGAUGGUAAGCAACCCAGUGUCGGUAACAAAGCCUGCGUGGAUUGCAACCCUGGCGCAGCGGGCCUCAAGGGAGCCUGCGCAACAUGUCCCGACGGA